AUGCUGUCCACCAUCCUCGCCGCCCUCGCGGGCUGCUCUCUUGUCGCCUCUGCGCCGACGCAGCCCCGUGCCACCAAAGUCCAGUACGCCGGCGUCAACAUCGCCGGCUUUGAUUUCGGCUGCACAACCGACGGCCGCUGCUCGCUCACGGGCACAAACAAGCCGUACGACAUCGUCUCCGGCGCGAACGCCCUCGGCCAGAUGAACCACUUCGUCAAAGACGACACGCUCAACGCCUUCCGCCUGCCCGUCGGCUGGCAGUUCCUGGUUAACAACAACCUCGGCGGGAAUCUGGAUAGCAAUAAUGCGGGCCAGUAUGAUAGGCUGAUGCAGGGCUGCUUGAGCUCCGGUGCGAGUCUUUGCAUAAUCGACAUACAUAAUUACGCGCGUUGGAAUGGACAGAUUGUGGGACAGGGUGGGCCGACGGAUGACCAGUUGGCGAGUGUGUGGAAGCAGCUGGCGACGAAGUAUGGGAGUAAUAGCAAGGUUGCGUUUGGGGUUAUGAACGAGCCGCAUGAUAUUCCGGAUAUCAAGAAAUGGGCGGACACCGUGCAAGCCGUCGUGACCGCCAUCCGCGGCGCCGGCGCCUCCUCCAACAUCAUCCUACUGCCCGGCCAGGGCUACACCUCCGCCGAGACCUUCGUCUCCUCCGGGUCCGCGGAAGCGCUCAACGCAGUGAAGAACCCGGACGGCAGCACGGCGAACCUGAUCAUGGACGUGCACAAGUACCUGGACAGCGACAACUCGGGGACGCACACGGAAUGCGUGAAGAACAACGUGGACAACGCAUUCAAGCCGCUCGCGGACUGGCUGCGGACGAACAAGCGGCAGGCGAUGCUGACGGAGACGGGCGGCGGGAACACGCAGAGCUGCCAGCAGUAUAUGUGCCAGCAGCUGCAGUACUUGAACCAAAACUCGGAUGUGUAUCUGGGAUAUACUGGGUGGGCUGCUGGUGGCUUCGCUACAACGUAUGAGCUUAAUGAGACGCCGCAGCAGCAAGGGAGCGGUUGGCAGGAUACGUCUCUGGUGACGUCUUGCAUUGUUGGGGCUUGGAAGGGUGCUUGA